AUGGCAGCAGUACAAGUGGAAUCGCAGCUCCCAUUAGCGAACGACACGAAGAUCGUAAAGGCAAAACCAGUCCGCAAGGUUUUUAAGGGCGCAUCGCGUGUUAUCAAUAAAAUACCCGCCACCUUGCUAAACGAUGCUGAACUUAACGAGGCCAUCGCGGCCCUUCCCACGAACUACAAUUUCGAGGUGCACAAAACCAUCUGGCGUGUGCGGGAAACAAAGGCCAAACGUGUUGCACUGCAGAUGCCAGAGGGUCUGCUGAUGUUCUCGCUCGUGAUCAGCGACAUCAUCGAACGCUUCACCGAAGCGGACACCGUCAUCAUGGGGGACGUCACGUACGGGGCCUGCUGUGUUGAUGAUUUUACCGCAAAAGCCCUAGGGGCGGAUCUGCUCGUGCACUACGGGCACAGUUGUCUCAUUCCGAUUGAUCAGACAACGGGCAUCAAGGUGCUGUACGUAUUCGUGGACAUCAAGAUCGACACACUGCACUUUGUUGAGAGCGUCAAGCUGAACUUCCCCCGCGAACGUAAGCUUGCCUUCGUCAGUACGAUCCAGUUCGUGGCCACGCUGCACGCAUCCGCUAAGGAGCUACGAGAGGAAGGAUACGAUGUACUAAUACCGCAAUCGAAACCACUCAGUCCGGGUGAAAUUUUGGGCUGUACCGCACCACGACUGGCCAAUGGGGUCGAUCCGGAUGGAACAUCGCGCACCCUUAUAUACCUUGGCGAUGGACGCUUCCAUUUGGAGGCCGCCAUGAUCGCAAACCCGGCACUCGAAGCGUACAAGUACGAUCCGUAUGAGAAAAAGUUCACCCGAGAGCUGUACGACCACGAAACGAUGCGUCGCAACCGGAAGCAAGCGAUCGAUAACGCUCGCGAUGCACAGCGUUUCGGACUCAUAUUGGGGACACUAGGACGGCAAGGUUCAACGAAGGUGCUAGAACAUCUUGAGGGUCGCCUGAAGCACCACGGGCGUGAAGCAAUAAUCAUACUGCUGUCGGAGAUCUUCCCCACGAAGCUUGCCCGCAUGGAACACAUCGAUGCAUUUGUUCAGGUUGCCUGCCCCCGACUUUCCAUCGACUGGGGUACUGCCUUCCCAAAACCGUUACUUACCCCCUACGAACUUUCCGUUGUGCUGGGAGACGCCGAAUGGAACAUACCGGAGUGUACUGCAGCAAGUGAAGAGAAACCGAAACCCGUACCCAACCUAGAGGUUGCCUAUCCGAUGGACUUCUAUGCUAAUGCGAGUCUCGGCCAGUGGACACCCAACUUCAAAAAGCUUGAUAUCUGCGAAAACUCAAACGGUGGAUGCUGUGGUCGAUGCAAGGAGGAAAAGGACAAGGUAGACGCGAAGGAAACAUCCGCACGGAUCGCUGCACAAGAGGAAUAG